AUGGCACAAUCACAUCCCUCAAAACCCACCAAAAAUGCUGGAGGGGUCGGGGGUAAGGGAGCGCAAGGAGGGGCUAAAGGCAAAAAGGGUUCUUCUGCAGGUGGAGGGGGAAAGAAAGAAGAUGAGAGGGAGGAGACAUUGCAGGCUGUUGUGCUUGCGGAUUCGUUCGAGACGAGGUUUAAUCCCUUUACACUGGAUACUCCGAGAUGUCUAUUACCUCUAGCGAACACUCCUCUCAUCGAAUACACUCUCGAAUUUCUCGCCAUGUCGGGCGUCGCAGACAUCUACAUAUAUUCCGGAGCACACACCGAAAAGGUCGAACAAUACCUCCAAAACUCCAAAUGGGAUCCACAGAACUCGCCCUCGUCACCUUUUAGCAAACUCAUCAUUAUCAAAACUACGGCUCAUUCGGUGGGUGAUGCGAUGCGAGAUUUGGAUUCGCGGAAUUGGAUUACUGGGGAUUUCCUCCUGGUUCAUGGGGAUUUGGUCUCGAAUCUACCGAUUGGUGCUGCGUUGGCUGCACAUAGAGCGAGGAGAUAUGCGAAUAAAAAUGCUAUUAUGACCAUGGUUUUGAGGUCGGGUGGAUUGGGAGAUCAUCGAACAAAGUCGAAUGGUAUUACACCUGUAUUUGUCUUGGAUCCUACUAAGAAUCGAUGUCUUCAUUACGAGGAGAUGAAUCCCCUUCAAUCGAAUAAAUAUCUCAGCCUCGAUCCGGAUUUACUUUCAGAAAAUUCCGAAAUAGAGAUUCGAACGGAUUUUAUCGACUGUGGUAUUGAUAUUUGUACACCGGAUGUGUUAGCAUUAUGGGCGGAAUCUUUCGAUUACGAGGUACCUAGGAGGCACUUUCUACAUGGAGUGUUGAAAGAUUAUGAGUUGAAUGGAAAGACCAUUCAUACGGAAAUUGUAACGGAUCAUUAUGCAGCUAGAGCAUCCAAUCUACAAGCGUAUGAAGCUAUAACCAAGGAUGUCCUAGGGAGAUGGACAUAUCCUAUUGUUCCAGACAGCAAUUUAGUCGCAGGACAAACAUACAAAUUCCAACGAGGUGGAUAUUGCAAAGAAAAUGGUGUUAUACUAGCUCGAACAUGCAAGAUUGGUAAGAGGACAGUUCUGGGGGCAGGUACGAGUGUAGGAGAUGGCUCUACGAUUGUCAAUAGUACUAUUGGUAGGGGAUGUCGAAUUGGGAAGAAUGUCACGAUUCAGAAUGCCUACAUAUGGGAUGAUGUAGUCAUUGGCGAUGGAUCGUCUGUGAAUAUGGCAAUUAUUGCCAACAAUGUUUUGGUUGGACAAAAAUGCAAGAUUAAUGAAGGAUCGCUUCUUUCAUUCGGUGUUCGCAUAGCUGAUGGGAAGGAAAUUAUCAAUGGAUCACGUAUUACACGGGGACAGAAAAUAACGGAUGACGAUGAUACAUCAGUGCCUACACCCACUGAUCCAAAAGUUGUCGGAGAUGGCGGAGAAGGGUAUGAAUUUAUCGAUGAUGAAGAAUUCGAAGAUGAAGAAUCCAGCGCCUUUCAUUCUAGUCUCAUAUACUCAACCCAACAUCUCAACAUCUCCAGCGAAUCUAUCUCGACCAUCUCAUCUGAAGUAUCUGCCGGCGAAAUCGAUACUCGGUCCCGUCACUCCAGUUUCGCAGGUUCCAUCUCUGAUGAUGAACAUGGCCAAGGUUUCUCGGAAACUUUCCACCACGAUGCUGUUCAGGGGCUCUUAGAUACUCUCAGAGAAAACGGUGAUUUCGACAGCGCAAAAUUAGAGUUUAUGGGUCUCCGACUCAGCAACGACGCUGACGAUUAUCAAAUCCGUCGAGCCAUCGGAGCCGCAUUUACGAAAUUCAUUGCGGAAUUAGUGACCUCCGGAACUAAAAAUGCAAGUGAAGCAACCGUUCAAGCAAUAAAUGUAGCCGGGGCGCAAAAAUUCUUGGAAGAAGUUGCCAUUGGCAUUGAAAAGGAAGAGGCGGAAUGGGGCGGCGGUGAUGGCGAGUUUGUGUCAGAAAUUGUAUGA